UCUUCCUCUCUAUUCUUAACUUCGAGGACAGAGUUUACGAUGAGGGAUAAAAUUUUGUCCCCUGAAAAAUGGAGAUCAAUUUGGGCAGAGAUAUUAUAAGAGUAAAUAUCAAAGAUGAGGGAGGGCAAUUUGGUAAAUUUGAUAGUGGGGAUCAUGCUGAUUUGCUGCAGUGCUUAUUGGGUGAAUGCAGAAGACCCAUAUAGGUAUUUCACAUUUCAGGUCAUGUACGGUACACGUGCUCCCCUUGGUGUUAAACAAAAGGUAAUCCUUGUUAAUGGGCAGUUUCCAGCCCCAAAAAUUGAGUGUGUGACCAAUGACAACAUAAUUGUAAAUGUCAUUAACAAGCUUGAUGAACCUUUCCUCUUUACUUGGAGCGGAAUCAAGCAACGGAGGACCUCAUGGCAAGAUGGGGUUCUAGGAACCAACUGYCCAAUUCCUCCCAACUCAAACUGGACAUACAAAUUCCAGGUCAAAGAUCAGAUCGGAACCUUCACAUACUUCCCUUCAAUCAACUUCCAACGGGCCGCCGGUGGCUUCGGAGCUUUCGUGAUCCAGCCUAGAAGCGUCAUCGCGACUCCGUACCCGAUUCCCGAUGCCGAAUUCGACCUUCUCAUCAGCGAUUGGUACAAAACUGACCAUAAGAGCUUACGUAAGAAAUUGGAUUCAGGCAUUCAACUUCCUUUACCUGAUGCUCUUCUCAUCAAUGGCUUGCCUACUACAACACUGAUUCUUAAGAAAGGGCUAACAUACAAGUUGAGGAUAUCAAAUGUUGGGAUAGCAACAUCAAUAAACUUUAGAAUCCAAGGGCAUUUGAUGACCCUUGUGGAGGUGGAAGGAGCUCACACAAUGCAAGAGGCCUACGAGUCUCUUGACAUUCAUCCAGGCCAAUCUGCCGCCGUUUUGAUCUCUCUCAACAAUUUGCCAAAGGACUAUUUCUUUGUGGCUUCUUCUCGUUUCACAAAGCCAAUCCUCACCACCAUUGGAAUCAUUCGCUAUGAAGGCUCUUCAAUCCUCCCUUCCAAACCUUUGCCCAUUGGGCCGACCUACCACCUCCAUUGGUCCAUGAAGCAGGCCCGCACCAUCAGGUUGAAUUUGACAGCAAAUGCAGCAAGGCCAAACCCACAAGGAUCAUUUCAUUAUGGGAACAUAACAGUUGUGAGGAGGCUCAUAUUGGCGAAUUCAUUGACGAAGAUAAAAGGCACUCUUCGUUGUGCAGUUAACAAUGUGUCUUACGUUGAUCCAACCACACCCUUGAAGUUGGCUGAUUGGUUUAACAUUCCCGGAGUUUUCGACAUCAGGACGUUCAUCGAUAAACCCACUCCUCGACCUGCAACUCUCGGCGUCUCUGUCGUCAACAUUACCCUUCACGACUACGUCGAAAUUAUCUUCCAGAACAACGAAAACACCGUCCAAGUUUGGCAUUUCGAUGGAACUAGUUUCUACGUCGUUGGAUAUGGUCCUGGUAUUUGGACAUAUGACAUGAGAAGACGCUACAAUUUAGUGGACGGUAUAUCAAGACACACCGUUCAGGUAUAUCCAAGAUCUUGGACUGCAAUAUUAGUGUCAUUGGACAAUAAGGGCAUGUGGAAUUUGAGGUCUACAAUAUGGUGGAGAAACUAUUUGGGUCAGCAAUUGUAUUUCAAAGUUUGGAAUGAUGAAAAGAGUUUGUACACUGAGGCUGACAUCCCACUCAAUGCUCUCAAGUGUGGCAAAGCAUCAAAGUAUUAAUAGUAAGAUUGAUUAAAUUCAUAUCUCUAUUAUUUGAAAAAGAAAACUUUGUUUUUAUCUUUUGGGUUUUAAUUUGAUCUCAGUCACAAGGGGGUGACU